AUGGCAAAGGUGGACAAUGUACUCCGGUUAGAUCUAACAAUCACAGAUGACAACGCCCAACAGGGUGCUUUGGACAUUUUACAUUUCAUCAGACCUGAUUGGAUUCCAGAAAGGAUCAAGUUCAAAGUAUUCACUGAGGGCUUCACCAACAAACUGCUGGGCUGCUACCAAUCUGGAGAUGUUGACAACAUGGUGCUGGUGCGAGUCAAUGGGGAAGGUUCUGAUGUCGUUGUCAAUAGAGACAGUGAGCUGGAAACAUUCCGCUUGCUGUGUACCGCAGGGUGCGCACCACCUGUUUACUGUGUGUUCAACAAUGGCAUUGCAUAUGGCUUCUUUCCUGGCCAGCCACUAGAUGAGAGGACAGUUAGGUUGCCCAACAUUCAAAGGCUUAUUGCAGAAGAGGUGGUGAGAUAUCACGGUGCAUGUCAGAGGAAUGGCAAGCAGCAUAAGAUUCCAGUCAGAUCCCAGUACAGGGAGAAGGUUCAAUACUGGAUCAACAUCCUUCCCGGUUCUUUUGAUGAUCCGGACAAGCAGAAAGUAUUUGAGAAUGAGAUCCCCAAGAGAAAUCAGCUGCAGAAGGAGUUGGGUGAGAUCGUCGACCACUUGGAUUCUCUUGGGAUGAACAUUGUCUUCAGUCACAAUGACCUGCUGCUGAAGAACAUCAUCUACAAUCCACAGAAAGACACUGUUCGCUUUAUUGAUUAUGAAUAUGCAUUCUUCAACUAUGAGGCAUAUGAUAUUGGCAACCACUUUGCUGAGUGGGCAGGUAUGGCUGUAGUCAACUAUGACCUCUACCCAACUCGAGAAGAGCAGUUGCCAUGGUUACGACACUAUUUAGACUACAAGGCCAAAACUGAAGGACAGUUCCACAGAGAGAUCACAGACAAGGAUGUGGAGAGGCUGUACAUCCAGGCAAACAGUUGUGCUUGUGCAGCACAUUUCUUCUGGGCAGUGUGGGCCUUGUUACAAGCCAAGCACUCCGUCAUUGAUUUUGAUUACAUUCGAUUUGCCAGUAUCCGCCUGAGUGAAUACUUUCGUCGCAAGAGUGAGUUCUUUUCUAUGAAACUGUGA